UAAAAACUUGAUGAUUGAACUCAGUUAAGAGAAUCGAGCAAACCCGGAAACAAACAAAAUGGGGACUCCUGGCUCUGGGAGGAAGAGGACGCCAGUGAAAGACCGAUUCUCUGCUGAAGAUGAAGCUUUGAGCAACAUUGCUCGGGAGGCCGAGGCCAGGCUGGCAGCCAAACGGGCUGCCCGAGCAGAAGCAAGAGAUAUCCGGAUGAGGGAGCUGGAGCGACAACAAAAAGAGCACUCUCAUCAUUCCUAUGAUCGAAAAUGGGGACAAAUUCACAAGUGGAUGGAAGAUGCAGAAAGGGCCAGGUACUCUCACCGGUCCAGUCACCACCGUCCCCACCUGGGAGUCGAGGACGUGUUGUCCCCUCGAAAUAUUGGCAGUCACAGGUGUGACGCUCUGAAGGCUGGGCCCGCGAAGCACUCGCCCUCAAGCCGUGCUUAUGGUGACUCUUAUGGAACGAAGAGGAGGCCUUCCAGCACCCACAGAGAUCCCUUGAAAGGCCUCUACUAUGACCAGAGGAACUACAGCAGCCUUAGACAUAGCAAGUCCCCUUCUGCCUACUCCACUCGGUCUUCUUCCUUGUACAGUGACCCUCUGGCAACUUCUAAAACUCACAGGGUUUCUCGUGCAAUAAACAGUGGUCUGAUGAGAAGCGCCAGUUUGGCAUCUCUGGGUGACGUGGGAUUAUAUAGCCCUUACAGUUCUCGAACACCAUCGGAAUAUAGUUACUCAUCUCGAGCAAGUUCUUCCCUGAGCAGCCCUGUGUUUUCAGACGAUGACACCUGGAGUCUCGCGUCCUCAGAUCGCGGCAGCCACGGGCGAGGAGCUAGUGUGGUGUCCGCUGCCGAUUGCUUUGGGCGCUCCAGUCGGAGGGGAAGUGUCGUCUCUGAUGUGGACGAUGCCGUUAUCCCGGAUGGGAACAGUCUGGAUGAAAAAUGCGACAAGCAGUACGCUGAGGCUUACACCAGGCCUUCUUCUCGCAAUUCUGCCACCACCCCGCUGAGCGGGAGCGCCUCGCGGCGCGGGAGCGGAGACACGGGCAGCUUUGUGGACCCGGACUCUUCAUUAAGUGAAUUACGGGAUAUCUAUGAUCUUAAGGACCAGAUACAAGAUGUAGAAGGGAGAUACAUGCAGGGACUUAAAGAGCUCAAGGAUUCUUUGGCCGCCGUGGAGGAGAAAUACAAGAAAGCCAUGGUCUCCAAUGCCCAGCUCGACAACGAGAAGAACAAUUUGAUCUACCAAGUGGACACGCUGAAGGAUGUGCUUGAGGGACAAGAAGAGCAGAUGGCGGAAUUCUACCGUGAGAAUGAGGAGAAAUCCAAGGAGCUGGAACGGCAGAGGCAUCUGUGCACUGUGCUGCAGCACAAGAUGGAGCUGCUCAAGGAGGGCCUGCGGCAGCGGGAUGAGCUGAUCGAGGAGAAGCUCUGCAUGCAGCAGAGAAUAGACACCAUAACCAAAGAGUUGUUUGACCUCCAAGAGACACUUAUUUGGAAAGAUAAAAAAAUUGGGGCCCUAGAGAGGCACAAAGAGUCCUUUGACUGCCUUAGGAAUGAGCGAGAUGUGCUCAGAGAGGAAUUGGCUGAGCUGAAGGAAACCCUGCAGACCGGACAGAAACACGGCUUGGUUAUAAUCCCCGACGGCACUCCAAAUGGCAGUGUCGGCCACGAGCCCGUGGUGGGCGCCAUCACCGUGGUGUCUCAGGAAGCAGCGCAGGUCUUGGAGUCCGCAGGGGAAGGGCCUCUAGUUCCUUUAACAGUGUCAGGGCACUGCUUUCACCGUCAUGCACCCCUCUGCACUGGGUUCCCACCCAAGGUCCAUGCCUAUGCUCAGGUUCCGCAUCUGUACAAGAUGGAGAGUGUGGGAGGUCCUGGUGGCUGUGGGGCCAGGCAUGGCCUUCAGACACUGAUGUUUGAGCUAAAUCUUGGCAUCAACAGAGAGCCAGCCAAUGUGCAAGAAUAUAAGAAUGCACCAGGUCCACUUGGGGUAGAGACACUGGGGCUGGGUGAGAUCAGUGAAGGCUUCAUGGAAGCUGAGUUUUGA